UUAAUGCUCCUACCAGUUGGAGGAGAGCCUCAUCAGCGGCCAUGGCGGCUGCCAACCUCAGCCGAUCCGCGACAUUCCUGUCCGGGUGAGUCCAACCGCUUCGCUCCUCUCGCUAAAUCUCAUCUCCCCAACUAAACAAUAAUCCAAAGCUAAGCACAUCACAGGAGAAGAGGAAAAGGUUCCUCAGUAGUGUGUGUUGUCUGUGCGUGAGCUCCCACCUCCUUCCCUUCCCCCUCCCCACCAAACCCCUCUCCGAUCCAAGCCUUCCUUCCCCCCUCUCUCUCUCUCUCCCUCGCAUGCCGGCGCGCUCGCCGAGGCGGCGGCGCUGCUGACCAUGGGCGGCGUCACGUCCACCAUCGCCGCGCGCUUCGCCUUCUUCCCGCCCACGCCGCCGUCCUACACCGUCGUCGCCGACGCCGCCACGGGCCGCCUCGCCAUCCCCGAGAUCUCCCGCCCGCCCGCGCGCCGCCGGCGGAGGGACGGCGGCGGGGACGCCUCGGCGUCGGGCGCCGCACCCGCCGAGGACGAGGACGGCACGGAGGUGGUGCGCCUCCGCACGCGGCGCGGGAACGAGAUCGUCGGGGUGCACGUGCGCCACGAGCGGGCCUCCGCCACGCUGCUCUACUCCCACGGCAACGCCGCGGACCUCGGCCAGAUGUACGGCCUCUUCGUCGAGCUCAGCCGCCGCCUCCGCAUCAAUCUCUUUGGGUAUGAUUAUUCUGGAUAUGGGCGGUCUACAGGGAAGCCCACUGAGUGUAAUACAUAUGCAGACAUUGAAGCAGCAUAUAACUGCCUCAAGGAAAAAUAUGGUGUCGCAGAUGAGGAUAUAAUCUUGUAUGGUCAGUCUGUUGGGAGUGGUCCAACCAUUGAUCUUGCUUCUCGUUUGCCAAAUUUGCGAGGUGUGGUUUUGCACAGUCCCAUUUUAUCUGGACUAAGAGUACUAUAUCCUGUCAAAAGGACGUAUUGGUUUGACAUUUAUAAGAAUAUUGACAAAAUUGGCCUGGUAAAUUGCCCAGUGCUCGUAAUUCAUGGUACAUCAGAUGAUGUCGUUGACUGUUCCCAUGGAAAGCAGCUGUGGGAACUUUGCAAAGUAAAAUAUUCACCGUUGUGGCUAACUGGUGGUGGCCACUGCAAUCUUGAGCUUUAUCCUGAUUAUAUCAAGCACUUGAAGAAGUUUGUGUCAAGUCUUGGCAAAAAAUCAUCAAAACCUGAUCUUAAAGAGAUAACGAUGAAGGAGGGUGCUUCUAGUAAAGAUUCAGAACCUGCAAGCUCUGAGAAACCCCAAGAAGCUCCAAAGUGCUCCCAGAUCUCACGAAAGAGCUUAGAUAGUCGAGUUGGGAAAUCAAAAACUGUGGAUGUUCCUGAAAAGCCACGAAUGAGCUCAGAUGAUGUCGACAAGUUCAGGAGGAGAAGAUGUUUGGUCUGGUGAUAUAUGAUGUGAUCCUCUGCGCGGUUCAUGUAGCAGUAGCUGAAUACAAUAGCAUGAAAAUCGAGCAACUGUAUUACAUCGUAUAGCGAGGAACAUACCAGCAGUUCAAGCAGUUCUUAUGCCUUACGGGACCGGAAUAUGAGCUGUUAAAUAAGGGAGAAGGAUCAGUAUGCUGCUGGAGUAAAUUAUCAUAUAUCCAUCAAUGAACUGAAUCUCAACAAUGGUAACAUCAUGGGUAAAUUAACACGUACGCCAUCAUCCUGUUUUGCAACGCCAGUAGGAUUUCCAUCAUGUAAAAGUGUACCAUUAUUGUCUGUAAUCAUGAGGGACAAAAAACUGAAAAUUUGCUGCCGCUUUGUGCACAGUCUAAAGCCUUGACACAAGGAGCAAGAUAUUCCAGUUGGUGUUCAAA